AUAUUGCCGAUGCCGAAUCUCAACAAAGUUUUUUCAUUUUUGAUUUCAUUGACUGGUUAUUGUGAAGAUUCAUAAUAUAAGUGUUACGAUUAUUAAUUAAUAAAUACAACAACUAUGGCUGGAAGUCGUUUGGAAAAAUUGGGAACUAUAUUUACGAGAGUUAACGGCCUCAUAAAGUCAGGUGCCAUGAAAAUUGAUGAUCGACCAAUUUGGUACGAUGUGUACCGUGCGUUUCCACCUGAAUCAGAGCCACAUUAUGCAAAACCGUCUCAAUCACUGAAAAUACCAGAUAUAUUUUACCCAGAAGAUACAUUCAGAGCUAUGUUUCAAAAAGAGACUCGUGGCCAAUUACCACCAAUUAAUUUACAAGAGACUCAACAAAACCAAAAUGUUACAAAUAUAGCUGUGAACAUGGUAGUUGCUGAUCCAUCACUUUCUGUGAAUCAGGUGAUUGAUACUUUGAAAAAAACUAAUGUUUUACCAGAUUACAAAACUUCAUCCAAGAAAAUCAAUUCCCCGCCGAUAAAUGAUAGUAAUAAAUCUGAUCUUGACGAAACCAAUGUUCAUACAAAAGAAACAAAUGUGAACAGUAGUUAGUAUUUUUAGUUGAUUUUGUCAAUAAAUAUUAGAAUUUUGAAUACAUUUCAUUAAUUUGCAUGUUCAUGCCUCUUGUUUUUUGUAGUGUUAAAAUAAGAAAUGUAUAUUUUUUUUUAUUUUCUUUCAACGGUUGAAAUUAAAGUUAAUUAAAACUUAUUA